AUGGCAUUACACCAAAUCAGCCAGCCGGAAAUGUUCGCACUAAGAUUUUAUUUGACAAGCAUUUUACUGAUUCUUGGGAUCACCGUCACGUCCAUUCUUAACGUGUGUGCUGAUGACCCCGAGGAAGUAGAUCAAGAGGUAGUUGUUAAUACGACUUUGGCCACACCUACCUCACCUGGGGAGUUCAAUGAGGAGACGUGCAGUAAAGAGCAUAAUGGCUGUUGCAAUGAGCUUUAUAUUGGCGAGGAGGACAGCUUGAUGAAAUGCUUCGCAAUACACUCUGCAAAAAUGCCACCACCGGGGGAUUCUGACACCUCGAAGGCAUUGAAAUUUCUUUCGUGUUUUGUAGAGUGCAUUUAUAAGCAGAAGAAAUACAUUGGAAAGAACGACAGCAUCAACAUGAAGAUGGUGAAGAACGAUGCUGAAAAAAUGUACGCAGGCCGGCCCAAGGAAAAGGAAUACUACAUCAAAAUGUACGAUUUCUGCAGAAAGGAUGCGGUGGGCAGUCUCAACAUAAUAAAGAACACUCCAAGUGGGAAGGCGAUGUUCAAGGACGCUUGCAGACCUUACUUGCUUAUGGUAUUUUUGUGCCAAGCGGACUAUCAUAAGAAGCACGAUUGUCCGUACUUUCGCUGGGAGGGCAAUAGGAAGGAUGGCACCGAAAAGAUGUGUGAGGCGGCCAAGGAGAAAUGUUAUGCAGUAGAUGGAAUAGUAGUACCUAAAAGUUUGAGCUUUUUAUAG